UCUAAGGGAUUCUGGGGAGAGUAGAUUAAAAAUACUCUUUCAGCAUCCCAGGUUGGGGAGAGUUAGUAUGGGAAGUCACUUGGCUUUGCUCUUAAAAGCACUGAAUCUGACCCAGAGGGAUGGCCCCUUUCCCUCCCCCCUCCGAAAAAAAAUAAAAAUAAAAAACAACCACCCCCCCUGGGAACUAGAGCCGAGACGCUGAGGCGGGCAGUCUUUUGGAAGCAGGGAGGGGCAAAGUAGAGAGCCGAGCUUGGGAGGUCGAGGGGUAUCCGAGAGGGUGCUGGAGAACCUGGGGCCUUUCUCCCUCUCACUGUCUCUGUCCCUCCUCCAGUGGCUCACCCGGGUGCAGGGCGGGGCUCCGGGACAGCCCAACGGGAAGCCAGGAGAGGGGAAAGAGGCCGCCGCCCGCCCAGGACCAAGCUGGGUGGAAAGAGAAAGGGGAAGGAAAAGGGAAGGCUGGGGCCGCAACUCGGAGAUCCGCAGCGGGAGCAACGGCGGCAGCAGGGGCCACAGCGCCCUGGGGCCACGGCAAACCCAUCUGGGAGAGCAGCAAUGGGGCUGGAAACUGAGAAGGCGGACGCCCAGAUUUACAUGGACGAGGAUUCCUACAGCCGCAACAGCGGUCUCGACUACCCGGAGCCCGAGAAAUGCGUGAAGUCCAUCCAGGACCGUGAUCCACGGGGCCUCAACACUCAUCUGAAGAUGGGUUUUGAGGAUGUGAUUGGAGAGCCCGAGUCCACUCACAGUUUUGAUAAAGUUUGGAUCUGCAGCCAUGCACUCUUUGAGGUCAGCAAGUACCUGAUCUACAAGGUCCUAACUGUGCUCCUGGCUAUCCCAUUGGCCUUUGUGGCAGGAAUUCUCUUUGCAACUCUCAGCUGCCUGCACAUCUGGAUUGUGGUGCCUUUCGUAAAGACCUGUUUAAUGGUCUUGCCUUCAGUGCAGACGGUAUGGCACAGCAUUACAGAUGGUUUCGUUGCUCCCUUGUAUAAAAGCAUGGGACUCAUCUUCUCUUCAAUCAGCCUGAGACUAGGUCAUGAGUGAACAAUAUGGACCAUGUUGCUGGAAACCUAAUAUACUAUAAUACUUUUGGUUGCUGUAAUGUAGAAGCACUACUGUUCAUUUCCAAACUAUUCUAUUUAAGAUGAUUUUUUAAAAGGGGAACAAAUAUAUUUGGGACUUUAAAAACUGAAAUGGAUUUCUUCCUGGGUAAUAGUUUCAUGAUUUAUUAGCCACAUAGUCCAUAUCCAGAAUUGCUUGCCAGAGUUAUCUAAAUCAUUGGAAACACCUAAUUUUAAUGGAAUACAAUUUUUUCCUGAGGACAGAAGUUUACAUUUUAUGGCAGUCAUUCAUUUGAACUAUGAGUGGUAUAGUUCAAAUAUCUAAGUAUAUGUUCUUUGAAAAGUCAUGGUAGUUAGAGGCACAAAAUAAACUGCAGAAGCACAAGUAGGCAAUGAUGUAAAUACUUCAAUAGCACAAACACAUGUAAAUGUGAAAAGUAGAACCAUGAUGAGAGAUAAUAUGGUGUGUUGGAAUAUGCACAUCAUAUGGAACCAAGUACCCAAGUUCAAAGUUGGGUUGUUCUAUUUGUGACUUGAGUAACUUUGGGCAAGACGCUGAUGCUCUGAGUGUCAGUUUCCUCAUCUAAAAAUGAGAGUUAGACUAGAUGACCUCUAAUUCCCCUUUAAGCUCUGUCAUACAAUCCCAUAAUUAUAUCCCUUAAAAUAAGGUGUUGCCUAAUUUGGAGGACUAUUCUUUCACCUGCUGCCCUAUUUAAGAAGAGGUUCUAUUUUAUUGUAUAUUUUGUACUUAAUGUAAAUGUUGCUUUAUCAAUUUUCCAAAAAGCACCUUGACUGUUAUUUUGAAUCUUGUAGAGCUCUUAUGUUGUAUGGAGUUAUCCAUACGUGAAUCAAAGAAGAAGAAGAAAUUUAGAUAAGGGAGAUUGCACUGAAAUGAUUAUAUAAAGCAUAUAUUUUUCUUUAAGAAUUUAAUGUAAAAGAUUAGCAUGAAAUGAUUUCUUAUUAGACACUGUAAAACAAAAGUACCUGAAAUAUGUCUUAUAAGUAAUGCUUAGAGUAAAUGCGGAUGGCAAUAAAUUCUACCCAAUAAUUAUCAUCAGUUAUGACAUAAAAUUUGAAAUAAUCUGUAUCUAAAUGAUACUUUAGGUUGGGGAAGAGCUUGCUUUCUUGUAUUCAGUCACUAAACUUAUGUUUGACAUUCCUAUUAUCUAUUCAUUUUUCAUUUAAGUGAUUUUGGUGCUGUUUGACAUACUUUUUGUUUUCCUGAAAUUUGACCAUAAAAAAAAGCAAUUUCUACUGCA